GAAAGCCCAUCUAAGGACAUGAUCAAAAGUCUCUCAUCUCACUUCAAUGUGUCAUGCAAUGAAUGGCAGAGUUCUUAUAUCUCAUUCCACCUCAGCACCUUUCAGCAUUCAAAGCACACCGGCCAAAUUGCUUCUUCCAAAUCCAAAGCUAAGGUUUGUAAUCCAAUCAAAUUUUACAAGGACAACAAAAUCCUCAGAAACCCUCCAUUUCUGAUGCUUCAAGCUUUUCCAUCAUAUUUUUGAGAGCCAUCUCUUGCAUAAAAUUAUGCCAUGAACGUCCUCAAUGCAGCAAGCUCGACACCUCUCUCAGUUCUUAGUGAGAGAAGAACAGAAACCAGAAAAGUAUCAUCACUCUCAAAUGCUCCACCACUCAAACUUUCAAAUUCUUCAGCUUUUAUUAAGACCUCACCAACUCUGCAGGGGUGUUUGUCAAGAAGCUUGCAUGGGGGUAUAGUGCUACUGUCUUCAGUUCUUCCCAGUGGUGUUGCUAGAGCUUUAUCAUACGAGGAAGCACUGCAGCAGAUUACGGGAUCCUCCUCGUCGAUUGAUUUUGGUCCCAAUGGGGUUCUUGAUAGUGUUGUCAGUUUUGUAACCGAGAAUCCCACAGUUGUAGCUGGUGGUGCUGUUGUUUUGGCAGUUCCAUUAAUUUUGUCUCAGCUGUUCAAGAAUUCAAAGCCAUGGGGAGUUGAGUCUGCAAAGAGUGCUUAUGCCAAGCUGGGGGAUGAUGCCACUGCUCAAUUGCUGGACAUAAGGGCACUCAAGGAGUUCAGACAAGUUGGUAGUCCUGAUUUAAGGGGUUUUGGGAAGAAGCCGGUGUCAAUUGCCUUUAAGGGCGGAGACAAGCCAGGGUUCUUGAAAAAUCUGUCUUUGAAAUUCAAGGAACCAGAAAAUACCACCUUGUUCAUUAUAGACAAAUUUGAUGGUAACUCUGAACUGGUUGCGGAAUUGGUCACUGCAAAUGGGUUCAAAGCUGCUUAUGCAGUGAAAGAUGGUGCAGAAGGACCUCGAGGAUGGAUGAAUAGUGGUCUUCCUUGGAUGUCACCAAAGAAAGGUCUUGACCUUAGCAAUUUGACAGAAACAUUCUCUGGGGCCUUUGGAGAGGGAUCAGAUGGCCUGUCUGUUACACUAGGGUUUGUUGCAGCCACCGGAUUAGGUUUAUUGGCUUUUUCAGAGAUAGAAACAAUACUUCAACUUCUGGGCUCAGCUGCUAUUCUUCAGUUUGUGAGCAAGAAACUGCUAUUUGCAGAGGACCGAAAGAAAACUCUUCAACAAGCUGAUGAAUUCUUAAACACAAAGGUGGCUCCUAAGGAACUUGUUGACGAGAUAAAGCAAAUUGGGGUGGCCCUUCUAACAACAACUACCACUAGCAAGGCUCUUCCAGCAGCACCUACAGAGGCAAAACCAGAGCCCAAAGUCGAAGCAGCAGCAGAACCCCCUCAAAUUAAUGCAGUACCCAAAAAAGAAUCCAAAGCAGAUGGAAUCUCCGGAUUUCCAAGACCACUUUCACCAUAUCCUUAUUAUCCUGAUUUGAAGCCACCAACAUCUCCUACUCCAUCACAGCCCUAGAUACAUGAUUUUGUCGACUUUCUGUCGGUUCUACAUCCAGCAAAGCAACUGGUUGGUCGGGAAUUUUAAAGCUAUCGAAUGAGUUGUGUAAUCUACCCUUGUGUUAAAUGAUUUUCGAGCUGACAGUCUUACGCGAUAAGUUGUAUAAAAAAUCUGGAAAAAAGAGGGGAAAAAGGGAGGAAAAAAGAUGCAGUAGUCUGCCUUAAUCAUAUUGUUGCUGUCUUUUAUGUUACUUCAUUUGGCCUUUUUGUAAUUAUUAGGUAUCUUGUCGAUUUUGGUGUAUGAUUAAGCUUAAUUGAAAGUCUGUUCUAGCAUUGGGGUCAACAUUUGAACAAAUAUUAUUAUGCAAGUACGUGAAUGUUCAAGUGCAUUGUUGUGGUAUAUGAGAUGGGGAAUGAUGAUUGCCUCAAGACUGCAUUUGUUGUAAUUACAAUGUUUUCAAGUUUUCAGGGACGUGCUUGCCAAAUCAGCCAGGUGGAUGACUUUGUCCUAGACAUAGCUACUGAUCAUAACAAAUACUUGAAUGCCAAGUCCUUCAAUAUAACAAGUCUUGACUCUUGAGGAUGCAAUCUAUUACCAUUGGCAAGAAUUCAACCUUAAAAUCCACUAUUGAAAGAUACUCUUAAAUUUGGAUUU